CGGAGCCGCGGUCACGUGCUGCCGGCGGCAUGGCCCCGGGUGAAGCGGCUCCUCACAGCAAGCAUUAGAGCUCAGCCUGGUACUAGACUCCAGUCUGCACUGUCACAUCCACCCGGUGCUUUGUCAAUGCAGUCGCACUGAGCUUCGUUCCCAAGCGGUGCUCGCGGGCUCUGAUGCCUGCGGCGGGAUCAGAGCUAACUGUGAGUGGAAGCGGUGGCACCUUCACCCAGGGACCAGCUCCCAGCAUCAGAACCUGAAGCCCCGAGCCGGCAGCAGCGAGGCGGCGCGAAGGUGCGGGGAAUCUGGGAAUGGGACCUACACAAUUCCAAAGUCUGACUCCUUCUGUCUUGGACAAUGAAAAAUAAUGAUUAGAAGAGCAAACUAUCGAGCAAUUUUGAUUGAACUCCAAGAAUAUCGAGCCCCGAGAGGACCACAGCAGGCGCCUGAAACAGGUGGCGUUGUUUCUGAGUACCUGCUGACGGAAGAUGGAAGAAGUGAGAAAGACAAAGUGUUGGAGUCAGAAGGUGAAACAGUAUGUGGACCCACCUGAUGGAGGCUGGGGCUGGAUGAUAGUGCUCCAUUUCUUCCUGGUGAACGUGUUGGUUAUGGGAACACUGAAGACCUUUGGACUUUUCUUUGUGGCUUUCCAGGACGUGUUUGGGGGGUCCUCUGAGCAGAUCAGCUGGGUCGGGUCCAUCAUGUCUAGUCUGCGCCUUUCUGCAGGUCCAAUUGCUUCAAUUGCCUGUGGAAAGUUGGGGGACCGAUGGACUUCAAUUCUUGGAGCUGUCCUCGUGAGUGGUGGAUUCCUUAUCAGCAUCCUGGCCACCAGCGUGCUCUUCCUUUAUGUAUCCCUUGGUGCUGUCGUUGGAGUCGGCUUUGCCUUUCUCUAUCAAGCAGCAACUGUGAUGCAUGCAAAGUACUUCAAAAAAAGGCUAGCAACUGCCUACGCUAUUGCACGAUCAGGAAUGGGUCUGACCUUUGCUCUCGCCCCUUUUACACAGUUGCUGUUAGUAGAAUAUGACUGGCAAGGUGCUUUACUUAUUUUGGGAGGUAUAAUGUUGAACCUGAUUGCUACCAGCAUGCUGCUUCGACCCAUCUCUCUCCAUGAGCACCAGCCCACCUUCUCGCAAUCACCAUGUGACAGGACAAUACUCAAAGCUCCAAACAGCUGCCUGUUUCACAACGGAGGAGUGAAGCAAGGCAUCUUAGAGAAGCACUCAGAAAGCUGCCUAAUCACUAGCAAUCCCAGCGUGUCCCAUUCAGCAAUUGGUCACCUUGAUAUUUCCAAGAAUCAUGACAGCUGUAUCCUGAGGGAUGAGAACCUGAACAUUAACCAUUCCCGAGUGGAGACAGAAUCCAGCAUCUCUCACGAGAGCAAAGCUUUUCUGGACAAAGUAACUUUCCGAACAGCUCACACUGCAUCUGUUAGCUCUUCGAGCAGGGGCAAGGGAACACAAAGCCUUCCUCCCAAAGAGAAGCUUCUCGAUUUCUCAUUGUUACAGGAUCCUUUCUUUAGUAUUUACACAUUCUCAGUGGUGUUCAGUCAGUUAGCGUACUUUAUUCCUUACUUUCAUCUCUCAGCCAGGGCUAAAACAUUGGAUAUUGAUGCCAUGGAUGCAUCCUUCAUCAUUUCUGUUGCAGGUAUAACAGAGACUUUGGCCCAACUUGCUUCAGGGUGGAUAGCUGACCAGAACUACGCCAGCAAGUACCACUACCACAAAGCCUACCUUCUCCUGUGUGGUCUCUCCAACCUCUUGGCUCCAAUGGCAACCACCUAUGCUCAGCUGAUGACAUACGCUGUAUUCUUUGCUGUAUUCUGUGGUGGAUAUAUGGCCCUACUGCUUCCUGUCUUGGUUGAUCUUGUGGGGGUGACGAAAGUACGAAGUUCAAUGGGUUUUGCAAUGUUCUUUGCUGGAAUUGGCUGUUUGACAGGACCUCCAGCUGCAGGUUGGCUAUAUGACUACACACAGACCUAUGAUUGCUCUUUUUAUCUGGCUGGCGUGUGCUACUUGCUGUCUUCUGUUUCUCUGUUUCUGGAACCCACAGCACGUCGAUACAAGGCAAGAAAGCAAGCAGAGACUCUUACAGUAAAGAUGGAGACAGUAAAAAUUGUAACUUGUGCAACUGAAUGUCAUAAUGGGCAAGUUAUUACCCCAUCUGAUAUACGGACGGAGAAGCUAGAACAAAUUAGCUCUGUGUAAAGAAGACUGCUUUACUGAACAAGGAUUUGUAAUUUCAAAGAUGCUGGGAAACAGUUACAUUUUUUAAUAGAUAUUCAAGAGCCAGGAUUUAAAAAAUUUUUUUUAAAAAAUUUCAAUGCAAUCCACUCAAAAUUAUAUUUGUGAAUAUUAAAGGCAAAGGAACAGGAUCAAUUCUUAAUAUUUUGCAUUUGUGUCGAUAUGAAAUUCAGGUACUGCCAGGGAAACUCCCAACAAAUUCUCACUGCAGGCUGAUGGGCAAAGUAAUGCCCGAGCCAUUGGGUUCAGGACAGCAAAAUAAAAACAAAUGUACCUCCUUCCCCGGCAGCUUGCAUCCCGGUCACAAAUGUAAAUCCUUUUUACAGCUGGCACCCAUUGAUAUGAAUUUUCAAAAUGAGUGAGGAAGCUACAUUUUCCAUGGCUAUUACUCCAGCACUUAAAACGUUCACCAUUAUAGCUCACACUUUUCUUCACAGAAUUUUGGCAAAAGCAUUUCCCCAGCGAGACCAGGCAGUUAGACUGGGAUAGUCAGCUGCUACAGUACCAAAACAAGUUGAACCAAUUUUCUCUUGGAAGUAUAUGGUCUGUAAUUUAUUGCAAGAAAGUGGCGAGACUCACAUCCUAGACAGAAGGUUAUAUUUGUCAGAUGUGCUUGCAACUACUGCUCUGGUCCUUACUGCUAAAACGUCUUCAAAGUAUUUUCUCCCCCUUUCAAGCUCUGAAAAGGGGCCACUAAUUACUACAAAGUCAAUUACUACAUAAUUAGAUGCAGAGUUUAGAAACUUGCAUUUACACAUCAUCUUAAACAGCAAUAUUUCACUAUGCUUCUAGACAUGAAGGAAGAAGGGAGAACAUUAGUCAUAAACUCUCAAAAGCAAGGAAUGGCAAAGAGAUCAUUAAGAACCAAUGUGGACUAGAUUACAACCGAGAUAGGAGAAAUUUAGUACAGACCAGAUUAGAUUUGGGCUUCACAGAAAGAGGUUUGGAAAACAGUGGAGAAGGGCAAGUCAGACAGGAGGGGUGUAUGGCACAAGUUCUGGAUAACAGGUUUUCUAAUAACGGGGAUUAGAAAAUAGGACUUUGGAAUGGAGUUGAGUUACGUGAAUAAAGAUAAUUCACUCCCUAAUUUUCACAAAGUAUUCAUUGUGCAACAGCGUGAAUAUGCCAUCGCAGCUAUCCUUUGGCCAGUCCAGACCAGCUAGGAACAACAAUACUAUGACCAACAAAAUAAUUGGUUUGAAACAAUCUAAACUCAUUCCCCAUUGAUCCACUAGAAUCAAUAAAGCAACGGGAUUGAGUUUGAACUCUGAUCCCAGAUUUGACAGGUGACCACUAAUACUUUGUGGAAUAGGUUGUCAUUGUAAUUUCUGAAAUAAAUACGAGCAUCACAAGUUCAUUACAAAUAACAAGUUCUUGACAAUUAGAUAAAUUUCAUCUUUCUUGGAGGUGUUUUCAUAAAUGGAAUUUUCAUUUCCCAUUAAAUCGAUCCAAAAUAAUGGGCAUCAACCAUAUUUACUUCUCUGCCCAACAGAAUAUAUCUUUUAAAACUGUUAAGAGUCAUUGUAGAUUUUACUGUAUAUAAAAUAAAAUUCAUUGUUUCUUGAGAAA